UUUGACCAAUUUAAUCCAAUCUUGUUAUAAGCUUCAAAUACGAGGAUUCAAUUUUUUUAGGUCAUACACAACACGUAUGCUUGGCUCAUACAACAUCACAACCAUUUAGUGGCUAGGUUUAACUUUAGUUUUUGAUAACUUUGGUUCAUUUUCAACAUAAGUUCAUUCUAACUCGGUACCAUUUUUAUAUGGAAAAAGUACGAAUUACCCCCCCUAACUAUAGCGGUCGGCCGAAUUACACCCCUGAACCACAAAACCAGAUAUUUUUUACCCUAAACUUUUAAUACCGGACGAAUUACCCCCCUCAACACUGUUUUGAGCGGUUUUGAAUUGAGCUUGCACACGUGGCGCCAACGUGGCAAUCAUAGUCAGCAAAAAAAUAAAAUAAAAAUACCUCCCUGGUCCCAUUUGUCAUACCUCUCUCUCCCCCAACGCGCUCUCUCACCCUGGUCACGCACUCUCUCUCUCUCCCACGCACAUGCUUGGGCAGGCGGCUGCGAGGGGCGGAGGCGGACCAGGCGGUCAGCGGCGGAGGUGGAACUCGCCCGGGUGGCGGGCGGCUGAGGCAGAGCUCGCCGGGGCUGCCCAUGGUGGAGGCAGAGGCUGAUCGGGCGGCCAGCGAUAGCACAGAGCGGCAGCGGACGCUGCUUGGUGGAUCCGGCCGGCGGUAGACGUGGACGGGAGAGGGAACCGAUUGGCGGCGGGAGGGUGGUGGAGGUGAGGUCGUAAGCCGCCGACCCGCUCGUGGCGUGGCCGGUGCCCGACCGCCCGCUGCUUGCCGACUCCUCCAUCGUCUCCCCCUACUCCACCUCACCAGACGACAUUGUGCGGGGGCUCUCCGCCGCGGAAAUGCCUAGCAUCGACGCCGGUGACGCGCUCUUCUGCGGCGGGGUUGAGCCGCCGACGCUGACGGCCGUCUCCGACCUCGCCGCCACCACCGACGACGCGACAGUCAGCGACGCCGCGGAGCUCGCCCUGCUGGACGCGCCAGUGCCCACCACGUUCCCGGCCGGCGCGUCCGACGCCGUGGCCGCCUUCGCGAGGUUCAUCGGCUCCCUCGGGAAGAAGAUCUUCCAAGUGGAGGAUUCGUUCGCCGAGGGGUACGACAAGCUGCGGCUGUCGGCGUAUGACGCGCUCGGCGCUUGGAGGAAGUCCAUCGACGGCGUGGUUGGUGGCCUCACGGCGUCGGUGGACGCCACCAAGAAGCAGGCCGCUAGUGGGAUGCUCGCCCGUGUCCCCCUGCUCAUUCUUAAUCCUGCUCGCCCGUGUCCCCAUGCUCUCGCGCCGCCCUCCCUGCGUCGAUGGAAGGUGAGGCCGCGUUGCUUGCUGCUCCUCCUCCCGUGAUGAAGCUAGAUCCGCCGUCGCAUGGCUCGCCGCCGUCCUCGGCCCCCCUCCGCGCCACCAGUUGGCUCCGCCCCGUGCGCCGCCGUCUUCAGCUUGUUGCCGUCAGUGGGUAAAGGAGGUGAGGCCGUGAGGGGAGGGAGAAGAGAGAGACAGGAUUGGGGAAAGAGAGAGAAGAGAGAGAGGGUGAGACAAUGACAGGUGGGCCCCACUGAAUUUGCUGACCGUGAUUGCCAUGUUGGCGCCACGUGUGCAAGCUCAAUUCAAAACCGCUCAAAAUAGUGUCGAGGGGGGUAAUUAGUCCGGUAUUAAAAAUUUAGGGUGAAAAAUGUCUGGUUUUGUGGUUUAGGGGUGUAAUUCGGCUGACAAAAAUAGUUUAGGGGGUAAUUCGUACUUUUUCCUUUUUAUAUCCAUAUUCCACGAAAAAUAUAUGGUGUAGAAUAUGGCAUUUUUACUGGUUUUGCAAGUUAGGGAAUAUAGUUUUAACCUGAUUAAAAAUUAAACGAUGAUAAAAUUGAAUGGACAAAAGUAUAAGACACGGAAAAAUCUACUAUUCUAAAUCUGGCAGACUAUCCUGCCAUUUGAUUGGUCGAUUUGUUCCCCUAUAUUUGAUUGACACAUGUCCCUAAACCCUUCUUGAUGCGCUCCUCGCUGCUUGCUUUCUCGCGCAUAGUGCUCCUGCACCUCAGCCCCUCAGACACCCUACUGGGCCGUGCAGACAUCCAGCCAUCAUGUGUGAAACCAUGUGUGGUUAUGGUUCUUUUGUGAUGGAAAAUUGACAAGUACCAGAAGUGCAAGAAGUGUGUGCGUGGACUAACAUUGGUCAGGUUGCGACAUCUGUGCCAAGAUAAUGGUUGUUUGGUUCAUGUGUGUGCAGGUGAUCAGAGUUGAUCUUGGUCAACGGCGGAUCGGGACUAGACUCAAGAAGGAGUUGAGGUCCAGAACGAUCAAGGAUGCCGGGUGACAAGAUUGGACAUAAGGUUGUACACGGUGGACGGACACCGUGUGAGGAGGUCUUCACAACGGGCUUCGUAAGGUCAAGUGCAAGUGCCAGAAUCCGUGAAGAAAAUUGGAAUAGAGAAAGAUGUGCAGCAUGUAUGUGUGUCAUGAUCAAUAUGCACAUGCAUGGCUCGGUGGUGCAGCCAAGGCAUGCAUGCAUAUGUGUGCAUGUGGGCUAGCAGCUUGGUUGGUAGGGAGGCCAAACCAAUCUGGCCCAGGCACGUGGCUGGCCCAAGAUUGCUCUCGGCUGGCAGGGAGGCUAAGCCGAGCAGGCCAUGAAGGCGCGGGCGCACGGCCCAAAGGCGGAGGUAGCAACGUGCGCGGCUGGAGCGCAGGAACCGUACGUACUAGGUCCCACGCGGUUUUCGCAAGGCGCGGGCGGGAACGUGGUUUUCACGAAGCGCACGCGGGAGCGGCUCAGGCUGGACACGCGACGGCUCUGGAUUCGCAUGGACGGAUGGAGAGCGGAUCAAGACGAGCGCGCGUGGCACGGCCGGCGACGUGGCGAGCUUUGAUUCAUCAAGAUGGAGAGCACGCGGAUUGAUCUGCAUGUGAGGCUUCGGAUCGAUGAGGUGGCAAACAUCUAGAGCUUUUCCUUGAGGAGAAGGAACAAUGGAUGGACCAGAUCUGUUCUGAGUUAGGGUUUCGCCUUAGGGGUAUUUGAGACAAUGUCUUAGGAGUUUUAGGCUAUAAAUAGAGAGAUGAUUGCAAGGGUGCAGGUUGUUCUUUUUGUAAUCCUUUUGAGAUGCUCGGUGAGAGAGUUUCGGUGUGAGUUUGGAGUGUGUUUGCCCGAGAGGCUUUUGUAUUAGGAUUAGUUUGGAGUGUGUUUGUCCGAGAGAUUUUAAGUUUGUGUUAAUGUUCCUCUGAAGGUGUAUGUUUGCUCCUAGUUGAGUGGUUAUUUUGCAUCACCUAUGAAUAAAAUGAUUUGAAGGGUUUCGUUU